AUGGGUGGAAUGGGAAAGAUUAUGCGAUCGCAAUUCAUUUCGCUUCCUUAUCCUACCAAGAAGUUUACGGGACAAACUAUCAUCGUGACAGGAUCCAAUGUCGGCCUCGGCCUCGAAGCGGCUCGCCAUUUCGUGCGACUCGAUGCUUCCAAGGUCAUACUGGCUGUCCGAACCAUAAAGAAGGGCGAGGCGGCAGCAGCUUCCAUCGAGGAGACCACCGGCCGCAAGGGCGUCGUGGACGUAUGGGAGCUGGACCUGUGUAAGUCUGGGUCGGUCCAGAAAUUCGCCAGCCGGGUGGACACGCUCAACCGACUGGAUGUCUUUAUGGCCAACGCUGGCAUCAUGGCCAAGACAUUCACCAAGGUCGGGGACAACGAGAGCCAGAUUACGGUCAACGUUAUCAACACGAUGCUUCUCGGCAUCAUGGUGCUCCCUGCACUGAGGGCCUCGGCCAUCAAGUACAACAAGCCCGGUGUGCUAUCUUUCACUGGUUCCUUUGUACACUAUGUCACCGAAUUCCCAGAGCGCAACGCUCCCAACAUCUUUGAGGAACUAGCGGACGAGGGCAAGGCGAAUAUGGCCGACCGAUACAACGUCUCCAAAAUGAUGGAGCUUCUUGCAGUUCGCGAGCUCGCCACCAAGAUGACCGAGUCAAAGAAGGACGGCCAAGUGAUUGUCUCUGUCGUCAAUCCCGGCUGGGUAAAGACAAAUAUGGGCAGCGGCGAAAAGUCCGGACUGUUUGCAGCAUUUGGUCGACGGUUCAUCGCAAGGGAGACGGAAGUGGGGAGUCGUACUCUGGUUCAUGCAGCCGAGGGAGGCCUAGAGACUCAUGGGCAGUAUCUUUCCGACUGCAAGAUUGGAGAGUGCCGAAGCACAGAAGAAGGUCUGGAGGGAGCUCUCCAGUAUAUUGGAGCGGAUACAGCCAGGUGUCAUGUCCAGUGUUUGAGCUUGGGACUGAGGCAUGGGUAG